AUGUUGUUCUUCGGCAACUUCCUGUACAUUGUCAUUCUGCUUGUAAAUGCCGUGGCCGUUCUCUCCGAAGAUCGCUUCCUCGCGCGCAUCAAUCUCUCGCCCGCUUCUUACGAUCCAGCCUUCGGUUCCGGCGCCGAUGCUAGCGUCAAGGCGAAGAUCAUUCAUCUCAUCGCCAGCGUCCGAACCCUGAUGCGACUGCCCUUGAUAUGUGUCAACACACUCAUCAUUCUCUACGAGCUUGUGCUGGGAUAA